UACAACAAAACAAACAUGUCCAAACCAAAAAGCGUUUUCGAAAUCACAAAAAAAUAAAGCCAUAAUUGCAACGUAACAGUGAUCAUAGGGACUGUGCCUAAACAGGUUGUCAUAAGCUAUAGGGGUACACCUGGGCAGAAGGGUGCAGUACAGAAAAAGCUCCAGCCAUCGCCAAGAUGCACUGGUCGAAUAAUCCGCAUGACCAACAUGAUAUGGGGAGGUCCUCAUUUAUUGGAUAAGCACCAUCAUGGGAGUCUCCUUGUUGUCAACGUGGAUUUUUGAGAAGAUUCUGCACUUUGAUUUAAAAAAGAAUGCACUACUUGGUUAAUCUUUUUUAUUUCAAAUAUAUAAGUUCAAAUCUAAAAUGUAUUAAUCUCCAACAUCCCAUCAGAAUGGCGUGCACGGUGACUGCCCCAUUGCUGGGGCAAAGUGGGAACUUCUCGGCGUGGCUGGAGGCGCAGGGCGUGAACGCGGAGGUGGCCCAGGCCAUGAACUCGGAGCUGGGCAUCCGGGACUACGGGGUCCUGCGCGCCUGCGUCGGGGACGGCCUCGUGCGGGCCGAGCUGCUGGCCACGGCACGCGACCGCCUGCCCUUCGGCUUCUACGCCGUGCUGCGGCAGGUGGUGAAGGCCCUGCGGGGCGCUGAGCCGCACGAUGCUGGAACGCCGUGCUGGAACGAUGCUGGCGCCGCUUCCACAUCCUCUCCUGGAGACGUGAUGCUGGGAGGCCUGAUGGACGUGCUGCUCGCGCUGUUUAGCAGCUUGAGCCGGGAACUGCUACUGUCCGUGCAGAGGAUUGGGGAAUUGGAUGGAGUUAAACAUCCCACAGCUUCAACUGAAAUAUCCUAUAGUCUUGAAGACGAGACCAUUGAAACGAAUCAUAAUCCGAGUGUGGAAAAUGACAAUGGAGAAGAUGGGUCAACUCUGUACCCAAGUGACCUCACAUCCGGAUUGGCUGUGAAUCACAUCAAAACGGAAUUCUUUGCAGAUUCCGAAGGUGAACAUAACUUGGGUGACCACCCUGACCUCUCUGGUCCAGACCUCUGUCAGCAACCACAGCAUGAAAUGGGUGAAAUGCAUGGUGAAGAAACAGCUGGCACCUCUGGCUCCAUGAAGACUGAGCAGCAACACUCACAUUUUCAGAACGAUAUGGACAAGGUCACGGAAAACUACAGCCAAAAUACCAUUUCCAUCAACGAGGGAGAGCCGUGCGAUUUUAAGCUUGACAAUCAGAAUGCCCCAACUCCUCGACCAGGAUGUACUGGAGAGAAACUGCCACUCAGUUGCGAGGUGUGUGGGCGUGUGUUCUCCAGGUCCAGCAAUCUGAAGGGCCACCUGCUCACACACACGGGUGAGAAACCACACCGCUGUGAUGUGUGUGGGCGCAGGUUUUUGCGUGCCAGUGUCCUGAAGACCCACCAAUACGUGCAUACGGGCGAGAAGCCGUUCCGCUGCGAGGUGUGCGGGCGUGGCUUCCUGCGCGCCACCGAACUGAAGGUGCACCAUCGCAAGCACACGGGCGAGAAGCCAUACAGCUGCCAGGUGUGCGGGCAAGGCUUCAUGCUGCCCAGUGUCCUGAAGAUCCACCUGCGCACGCACACGGGCGAGAAGCCGUGUAUAUGCCAAGUGUGCGGACAUCGCUGCCUGCAGCCCUGCGACCUGAAGAGGCACAUGCAGAUGCACACGGGCGAGAAGCCGUACUCUUGCAGGGUGUGCGGGCAGUGCUUCGCUCGAAGCAAUUACAUGAAGAACCACGAGCGAACACGACAUGGCCUGGAGAGAUCACAAAAAGAUGUUUGACAUUGUCCCCACUUGCAUGUCUCGUGCAUGAUCUGUACCCCAGGUGACCCAGCGAUAGUGAGCGGCUCUCAAUCAGAAGGUUGCGAGUUCAAAUCCUCGGUUGGGGGUUGACUUGGCCCAUCCUUUGUUCAGGGCACGUUAAAAUGAGUACCGUUCAAAUGUGUAGCACUGCAUACACCCCAGUGUUGUAUGGAGUGGCCAAUGGGUGUAGCCUUCACAUUAGCCGCACUCCCCAUGCUUUGGGGUAACUUAGUGGUCUUUGACCACCAUACUUGCACUCAGCUCUUGUGCCUCCAAGUUAGCUGCUUGUGUGCGGCAUUGAGUACACCCUGGUACAUUGCUAAGGGGCCGUUCAUAAAUGACGUCAUGCACCUGGGGGGGGGGGUCAGACAUUUGUGACGGGG